UGUAAUAAUGUGGACGUGUUGUUGAGUUGAGUGUCUUUACCUCUAGGGCAACAUGGCAGGUAUAAUGGGUGUCACUAUAUUUAUAUCAUUUGUUUCGGUAGCCGUCGCUCUUGCCUCAUCAUCAACCUUGACAGUGACUCCAAUGAAGGCAACCACCAGGAAUACCCCAACAUUGUCUGUCACCAUCCCCACAGUGGCCCCUGCCAUGCCAACCAGUAGGACAAGUUCAUCAGUCAGUGAAGCACCUAAUACAGAUCCUACUGGUGACACUAGAGUCCCAAUGGAAUCAUCAACUUCAUCACCUGCAACUGAGCCUUCCCAAUACUCUCAGCCACUAACUCCAUCACAAUCAUCCAAUGGCAGCACCACCACACAAACCUCUACAGGUUUUACAGCUGACACUACUAUGAAUCAGACCCUAACUGGAAUAGUUGGUUAUGACUCAACAUCCUCAAUCUUCUCAUCAACUUUGUCGCCAAGCUCUGAUUUUACGACAGGGAACAUGAGCUCAAGCACAGAAAGUGAUGGGAGACAUGUCUUAUCAAGGAGUCCGGGCCUCGUAGCAGUCCUCUGCAUAUUCUGCAUCUGUCUGGGUCUUCUGCUGGCUGUUGGAAUUGCAAAGCUCAUUACUCCCAGAGGUUCAACAUUUCAGAGGCUUGAAGAUGUGCCAUUGGGCAAAAUAAAUGAAGAGUCUCCAUUUGCCCGUUACCCUGAAAAACAAUUCUGAAAGAAAACACAUCAUGAGAGAAGGUAUUCUAUUUGGGGUUCAGACAGUGUUGUUCAUGAGGACGUGUCACCCACCAUCAUGUUUAUGUUCCUGUUUUUGUUUGUUUAAUUUGUCUGCUGGAAAGUGCUGGAAAGUGACGUGUGUUUGAAGGAAGUCAGUAUAGGCACUAAAAGCAAUCCUGUGAUGUGGUAAAGAAUAUCUCCUCCCAGGUUGGUCAGCAGCCUACUGAAGUCGAUCGUUGGUACUGUUCAUUCACAGGUGGAUGGAUGCAUCAAGGAACUGAAUACAGAAGAUGCACAGACAAUGUCUGCGUUUACACAGGUAGCCCAAUUCUGAUCUUUUGCCAAAUUUUUUGCGAAAGAUCUGAUUUGUCAAAAAUACCAAUUAUUGGCACAAUAUCAGAAUUGGUCUGCCUUUAUAAACACAGCCCAUGUGUCAGGUAUCACUAGAAAUAAAGCUAUGAAAAAAGCUAUAAUAAAGCCAAAUUCUCUGUUUCUUGAAAAGACUAUGACAAACAGGCCUAAUUUUUGUAUGGGUUGAAAUAAAUAAAUGAUUGC